CUUUAAUCCGAUUAUCUAGUUACAACUUACAACCCCCCCUUUGGUUCUUUCCUCCCUAUUAAUGGUUUAGGUUUUGCUUUUGCUUCUCUCUCUCUCUCUCUCUCUCUCUGUGCUGAUCUGUUCUGUUCUUAAAAAACCUCUUGUGCGAGGUAGGUUGCACCGUUGAGGUCAUGGGCCCAGUUUUCCACUGAAGGUUUUAAUGGUGUGAGAGAGAAAGGGGUCUCUAUCUCCUUCUUUCAUCAGUGCUUUUUCUUUGCCCAUUCUCUUGCUGGCUCGCAUUUGGGGGUUCUAGGGUUCUUUCAAAGAUAACAUUUUGGGGUUUUGUGUUUUUUCUCUCUUGAGUUGAUGCCAGUUGGUAUAGUGGGAUUUUUCAAUGUGGGUUUUUGAUUUUGUACAUGGGCUUUGAAGAUUGAAAGUUUGUGAUGGUGGGGAUGGGGUUUUGAUCUGCUUGUGUUGACUUUGGCCUAUGUGUUUUUGGUGAUUUGAGCUGGUAUUACCUUGUGAUUCUUGUGUUGGGUUUUCACCUUCGGGGGACGAUUCUUGGUUUUGGUUAAAUAUCAAGUGUUUUUGAGAUGGGUUUUUGAUCAUGUGAAAUGGGUUUUGUGAGACUUAACAGACUCUGAUCUUUCCAGAUGUGUUACUUUUUGUGGGAAUUUCAAAGAUCCAUGGAUGUGAAUUUUAAUUCCUAAGAGUGAUGUGAUAAUUUGUGCAUCUCUGGCGUAUAUCUGUACUCUAUACAAUCUAAUGGUUGAGAGAUAGGUAUUUGAUUUUGAAGGUGCAUUGAUAUUGGUGAAAUCAUAAUUGGCAAGUUAUUGAAUGUCCAAGAAUGGACAGAGUUAUUCAGCCUCCUCUGGUUGAUACAACAUGUCUAUGUAGAGUUGAUGCAGGCCUCAAAACUGUUAGUGGGGCAAAGAAAUAUGUUCCUGGUACAAAGCUUUGUCUUCAGCCUGCCAUCAAACCAUCCAUUCAUCCUACAAGGCAGAAGCCAGCACGUGGUGACAGAAAUCGAAGCCAAUCCCCUUUGCUUCCAGGACUCCCUGAUGAUCUUGCCAUUGCUUGUUUAAUCAGGGUCCCAAGAAUUGAGCACCGUAAGCUGCGGUUAGUCUGCAAAAGAUGGUACCGCCUUUUGUCUGGUAAUUUCUUUCACUCGCUUCGCAAGACCAUAGGAAUUGCUGAAGAAUGGAUAUAUGUCAUGAAGAGAGACCGAGAUAAAAAAAUCUCAUGGCAUGCCUUUGACCCAAUUUACCAGCUUUGGCAGCCUCUCCCUCCUGUCCCAAAAGAAUAUUCUCAAGCCCUUGGGUUUGGAUGUGCUGUUCUUAGUGGCUGUCACCUCUAUUUGUUUGGUGGCAAAGACCCAGUGAAGGGUUCCAUGAGACGGGUUGUGUUUUAUAGUGCACGAACUAAUAAAUGGCACCGUGCUCCAGAUAUGCUUCGGCGGCGACAUUUCUUUGGCUGUUGUGUCAUAAACAACUGUUUGUAUGUAGCUGGUGGGGAGAACGAGGGAGUGCACCGAUCCUUGAGAUCUGCUGAAGUUUAUGAUCCUAUCAAGAAUAGAUGGUCCUUCAUUUCAGAUAUGAGCACAGCAAUGGUGCCCUUCAUUGGGGUUGUUUAUGAGGGAAAGUGGUUCUUGAAGGGGCUCGGGUCUCAUCGACAGGUUUUGAGUGAGGUCUACCAACCUGAAACUGAUAGCUGGUACCCUGUUUAUGACGGCAUGAUAGCGGGCUGGAGGAACCCGAGCACUACCUUAAAUGGGCAGCUCUAUGCUUUGGACUGCAAAGAUGGCUGCAAAAUCAGGGUUUAUGAUGAAGCGGCUGACUCUUGGAACAAGCAUAUUGACAGUAAGAUACAUUUGGGGAAUUCUAAGGCUUUAGAAGCAGCAGCACUUGUCCCUCUUAAUGGAAAGCUGUGCAUUAUACGAAAUAAUAUGAGCAUUUCCCUAGUUGAUGUUUCUAAAUCGGACAGUGUAACUGGAGCCUCUGCUGAACAUUUAUGGGAAACUAUUGCAGGAAAAGGGCAAUUCAAGACUUUGGUCACAAACUUUUGGUCAAGCCUUGCCGGUAGGAACCGUCUUAAAAGUCACAUUGUUCACUGCCAGGUUCUUCAAGCUUGAAGAUACUAAUCACAGACAACCAAUGGAGGCUUGUUGUCUAUACAUCUCAUCUUUGCUCCUGUUUUUGAUGAGCUGCUGCAUGCAUGGAGAGAUUGGUCAAAACUCGUCUCAAAUUCUCGGUAGUUGAACAAGCCCAUUGUUGUAGCUGUAAGAUGAAAUAUAUACCUUGUGGUUCUAAAUCUAUGAGGGUGUUUGUCUUGCUUUUUUUUUUUGUCCUUCUAGAUUGUGAUGUAGCAAAUAUUUAUGUCAUACAUAGUUUUCACAUGUUUUAGAAAUUGAAGAGCAUAUUAUCAACCAAUCGAAUUUUCCUCUGAUGUACAUCUGCAAUUGUCAUACUUCGAGUUUGUAUUAUAGGAAGUCAUGAUCUGUAUCAUUGGAUUGAUCUUUCAUCAUUUGAAUGCUGAACUUUGA